GGCUUGGGUAUUUAACGCUUUGUUCCAUUGUUGCAGAGUGUGUUUUCCAGCUGGUCUGGCUCAAGAGGGGGAGACGUCGUUGGGGGAUACCAUUGCACUUUUUUUUUACUUUUUACAAUCGGAUUUUUUAUAUCUAUUUAUUAAGAUGUCUUUUUCUUGUGAUCAAUCCUUGGACGGCAGCUUUCCCCCAUCUCCAGCGGAGGACAGAGGCUCAAAGCGACUCUCCUGGAGCAGUCUGCUGCAGAGGCUGACUGAGCUAAAGGGGAUCAAUCAGAGGGUCACAGCAGAUCAUCUGUGCAGCAGGAGUGAAACUGGAUCUGAGGCGGACAUGUCCCUGUCAGAAUCAGACAGCAGUUUCUUCUUGUUGGAGGAGAGCCUGGCUACUGAGGUUGCAGGAACAAUAACACAAAGUCUCAAUGAUGCAUCAGACAUGCUGGGCUGCUCGAAACUCAUCCUACCUGACUGUCUCCUGCACAAUAUCAGCCAAGAGCUGCUGCACCUGGCUGUCUGUGAACCUUGUGGGCUCAGGGGAGCGCUCAUUGAUCUGUGUGUGGACAAAGGGGACCAGAGCUCCCUAUGUACUGUGGACCAAAUAGCAGCGGAUGCAACCCUGGUCCCGACCUUUCAUGUGACUCUGGUGCUGAGGCUUGAGUCUGGUGGACUGUGGCCAAAGGUUCAGAAGCUCUUCAAAGGUAGCAGGUCACCACAGACAUCUGCAAGGCAUCAAGACACUCUAAGACUGAGUACAAGCUUUAGGGCUAUCAAGAGAAAACUGUAUUGUUCAGGGGAGCUGCUGAUUGAAGAGUGCUGUUGACCGAGAACUUCUGUCCCCGAUUAGCGGAACUGAACUCAUAUACUGUGAAAAAAAGAUGGUGGGUUAGCAUUGCCUUUUAAAAAGACAAUAUCUCAUGGCUCCAGAUGGCACUAACAUGAUGGCCCUGAAUUAGCACAUUAUCUGUCUUUGUUAGUGUAUUAAAGAUGUAUCAGGUUUCCCUGGAACCAACUUAUGUCUCAUGGCAGCUACUCACCUGGUUGAAGGUGACUCAACAGUGAAGACACAUGUUUGAACUUGGGUUAGUCUCUUUCCCAUGAAUGUAGAGUCACACCCCAAUGGGAAUAACUUAAGUAUUUGAUAGUCAAAUAUUACUUGAAACGUGUUUUUGUAUUUUCAAAGACUUAAAGAACAGAAAUAAAUGACUUUCUAUUCA